AUGUGUGGCCCUCUAUUCACUCCACCGAUGUGUCCAAUGCUUGGGGCUUUAGGGGCCGCUGGAGGAUACGGUGGAUACGGUAGAUUUGGCGGAGGAUUUGGUGGUUACGGUGGCUAUGGAGGUCAGGGUGGAUUAUGUCCCGGUUCUUCCCUUUUCUAUUAUUACACGUGCUGUGAAGGAAUGUAUGGUGAAUGUUGCUUCCACUUUGAAGGUUGGGUAAUAAUCCUCUUGAUCCUGUUUCUUUUAAUCGGUUUCAUAUGUUGUUGUGGAUGCAUUGCUGCUGCUGUUUAUGCGUUCCGACGAUCUUCUGCAGAAGAUGAUGAACAACCAUGA